UUGCGUUGAAUAUAUACUCUUAGACUUGCUCUUGUCGUGGUAUAGGAGUUUUCAGAAGUUCUUAUAUGGGUUGCGUUUCGUGAAUGAGGAGUAAUUUACAAAAUGUUUCGUGAAUGUGGGGUAACUUGCAAAAUUUUCCGUUUUUUUUUGAAAUUCUUCUAGAAUCAUCCUCAGACGAGUUUGUCUGGAAUGUUGGUUUCACAAAUUACGCUUCGUUAUUUACAAGCUGGAACGAAUUAUUUUGAGGUUUGACGUUUUUUUUACAUAACGAAUUGCCUUGGAAUUUCCAACUUUCUCAAUAAUUAUGAUAGAGCUUCGUGCUCGAAAAUUAUAAUAUUAGUGUAUUCGUCAUAUCACUAAUAUUCAUCACACAAUAGUUAAAUUACUUAUUACUAAACACAUGACAAAUUAUACACAUAGUCAUAUUCUAAUAUGUUUGGGAUUCUAUAGACACAUGCGUGGUUUCUCUUGGUGGUCCGCCCAAUUGACUUAAGUGGAGAUCACAUUUACCUUCAGUGUGGUCAUAUUCACCACACAAAUGACAACUUUUCCUUUCUAGUUGUUGCACAUAUGUUCCUUUGUUAGGGUUAAAACAGAGUUGCUUGAUCAUCAUUGAUAAUAAUUUUCAUAGAUAACGUAGUCACAUCAAUCGUUACAGAGUAUGAUUUUUGAAGAUCGGUAUCAUAAAACAUCUUCUUGGGUUUGAGGGAGAGUCAUGAGUUACAACAAGUUCUCAAUGAUUUUAAAAAAAUAUUGAAUUCAAUUUUUUUAAGUUUGAUCAAGUGAGAUGUUUUAAGUGUAUAAUUAACACAGCAAGUUUUAGUAUUUUAAGGAUAUAGGUCACAUGAUACGAAUAUAGCGUUUGCGAAUUAUUGUGGCAAAUAGUAGGUUUUCAUCUUUUAAUGUUUCACUCUUUCGAAGUUACUCAAGGGGUCAUUGUCUUAGGUAAAUAGUCAUUUUGACUUUUCGUCUCGGAUUUGAAUGUAUUUCAGGGCAAUGAGCCUAACUAUUCCUGAGUCUCAAUAUGUCAUGUCGUCAGUAGAUUGCAGUAUUGGCGAAUAUGUUCUUGUCUGGAACGAAUCCACUUUCCUGUACGUUUUUAGGCUUGUGAUAAUUACUUUUCCAUCAAUGGUCCAGUUUCAGAGUCUAUAUAUAUCAAAUUGUGGCAGGAGCGUCUCACAUUCUCACAUUAUGGAAGGAACUUCUCGAGCUCUUCCUAAUACCAUAAGAUUCGUUGGUCUACUUGGUAGUCAUGCUCUUGGUAGCAAUCCAAAGUUCAUGGCUACAGCGGUUGAUCUAGGACGUGAAUUGGUAAGGCGAAAAAUCAGGCUUACCUACGGAGGAGGCAAUGUUGGCCUUCAAGGAGCUGUAGCUUCAACAGUCUAUAAUAAUGGUGGUAGAGUCAGAGGUUUCAUACCAGGGUAUAUAGCGACACGAGGGGUCUAUGGACCAACAUAUGGUGCAGAGUACACCGUCUCUAGCAAUUACUAUAAGUAUUUUGAGAUGAAUCAUAUUGUGGAAGCCUUCAUUGUACUCCCUGGAGGAAUUAACACUAUGGAGGGUUUAUUCACUUUGAUCUCAUGGGCAUCCGAAGGGUUACAUAGUAAACCCAUUGGUCUUUUGAACAUUGAUGGUUAUUUCAAUAACCUAAUCAAGUUUCUAGAUGAUGAGGUGAGGCAGAACUUCAUGGCUUUGAAUCAGAGGAAACUGUUCAUUUCUUCUUUCUUUGUUGAUGAGCUUUUGGACAAGCUUGAGUUUGCUAAUGCUUUCCCAGGUCCUGGUGCCAGUUAUGAAGAGUUUGCAAAUCCUGGAAGAUUAGACUUAGAGUUGCACUUGUAAUAUUUCCAAGUUGAAAUAAUAUUGUCCAUGUAAAUAUUAAUCCUUUUCUUUAUCUUCCAGUUUUUCACUUUAGGUGUGACUGUUUCACAUCUUGUUUUGUACUGUCAUCUUGUUGCGACUUUUUGCGUCAAUAGGGUAUACGAACGAGUCAAUUAUCUUAAUGCUUGUAUGUAGAUUCAUCCCUAUAAUGUGUUUCAGAUUCGAUACGUAUGUCGUAUUCGAUCUUGUUUGUGAGGCUCUAUUCGUGUUCGGUAGAUUCAUUUUUGGAGAAUUUAUUCACUUUCUAUCGGAGAAAGUUCUCUCUUCAACGUAUUCUUCGGGUUGUGAGAAGUUGAUUCACAUUAUUCACAUAGCUAUUCGCGUACUAUGACAUACGUAUAUGUCGUGCCUAUAGGGCUUACAAUCCCUCUUCUCAAUCCUUGAUGUUGACUGUGAUCGUCGAAGAACAUUUCGAGGCAAUCUAAACAUUAUUGUAAUCGAGUCUAUGAGGAUACUAGCAACUUAAAGGAAGCAAAUUCUCAAUGAGUUAAGUAUGUGUAUUAUGCCAUAAUAACUUACUUAUUGAUUACCUUCCCGGGGCAGAGAAGUCGUGGAGGAUGCGGAUGAAGGACUUAAAAAUACUGACUCAAUGAUCCGAAAAUCGUUUUGCUCCGAUACCAAAAUGUAACACCCCAAUCCGUAUAACCCGGAAUUACACGAAUUAAGGUGAAACGAGAGUUAAAUAAAAAUUUCGCUUGACAUUUGAAAAUGAUAAUUUCUUAUAAAUAUUAAAUUUACAGACUCUGGAUCGCGACCCAUUUAAAAAUAUUUUCAGAGUAAUGCGGAAGUACAAUAAUAAUCAAAUCAUGACACAUUUAAUAUCUGAUGACCAAACAUUUGCCUGCCAUCCUUGCAUCUCCGCUGACUCAAUGCCCUCCGGGAAUGGUUCCGUCAUUGUCUUCUUGUUACCUACGUGUAGUCAACGAAAAAAUACAAACUACACGC